GAAUAAAAAAAAAAAAAAAAACGAACUUGUGCAAUUUGUUAUAAAUCUUAGUUAGAGCGCGCGAGAUCUUUUGAUGUCUCUUGUAUUCGGCUGGUUCCGGAUCUUCUCUCGGCUUUACGCCUUUUACUUCGACUCUGUUUUUCGUUUUUGAAUUUGUCGGUUGAGUCGUGAUAUUGAUAAUCGACGAAGAUCGUGGAGAUGAGAAUAGAUAAUAUAUUUGUCACCUAAAUACAGUCACGCAAAUAUACAAGCCUGUUGUGAACAAUUCGCAGUUAAACUCAACGUUAAAUACACGAGUAAUUAAUGAAAUAUAAUUUUGUUUCCACAUUAGCAGAUUGAAGCUGUAAUCCGGAGAUACAUACAAAUCUUUUGGUUUUCCCAAUUUCAAUUAAUUUAUUAUUAUCAUCACACCAUAAUUUUGCAUUUAGUUUUUUUUACAAUUAAUUUAAAUUUCGGGUGACGCGAGACCGCGUCGUUAAUCGGAUAAUUACGCAAUUAUCUUUAAUUCCGCGCCGCCGUUCGUGCCAAGGUGCACUCUCGGUGUAUUUUGAAAGCCACCCAGUCUGAGAAUCCUGUGCCAGCAUGUGGCGCCGGAGAGAGCGAGGAUUAUAUAUCCUUCUCUCGUUUAGCAGCCUCGCGCAAGGCUCGAUGAUUCUCGUCGGAGAGAGUCCUUGAUUGCACCACGCGAGAUAACAACAAUUUAUGCGAGACGGCUGUGAAGAAGCCAUCUGGCCGAUCUCUCGCGAACAGAGACUUUAUGGCAAAUGGUGUUCUCGCUUCCUCGCACGUGAUGGUGGAUUCCGUGUUCCGUACCCGAUCCCUCGGCACGCCAGCCGAGGGUGUCGGAGAUCAAUACGCGGACGGCAAGGCCGCGAAGGUCUGGGAGGUCUUCAUCGGCGACACCAAGCAGCGUACGCAAAAUUACCGGGACUUCCUGGUGGGUUUGCUGCGGCAGAAGGGAUGCCGCCGAAUAUUAGACGUCGCCUGCGGCACCGGCGUUGACUCCGUGAUGCUGCUCGAGGAAGGUUUCGAGGUCGUCAGCGUCGACGCUUCCGACAAGAUGCUCAAGUACGCGCUGAAAUCUAGGUGGGAUCGCAGGAAGGAGUCUGCGUUCGACAACUGGGUGAUCGAGGAAGCGAACUGGUUAACUUUAUCCAGCGACAUCAGUCACCUCGUUGGAGAUGGUUUCGAUGCCGUGAUAUGCUUGGGAAACAGCUUUGCCCACAUGCCUGAUUUCUUCGGCGAUCAAAGAGAACAAAGACAAGCUUUGGCGAAUUUUGAGCGUUGCGUGAAACCGGGAGGUUUGUUACUCAUCGAUCAUCGAAACUAUGACUAUAUAAUUCAAACCGGUCAAACACCUUCAAAAUGUAUAUAUUACAAUAGUCAGUACACGACGGACAUCAAGACGUCGGUGCUCUAUGUGGCCGGGAAACCGAUGAUCGUUACGAUGGACUACGUGAUAUCUUUGAACAACACGAAAAACAACAACGACGUUCCCGAGAUCAUUAGCGAGUUCCGAUUGUCGUAUUAUCCUCACAGACUGAGCGUUUUCCGCGACAUGCUGACCGACACGUUCGGCCGCGAAGCGAAAUACGCUAUUUACGGCGACUUCAAGCCGCUCAAUCAGAUCGAGAAUCCCGGAUUCUACAUCCACGUGCUGGAAAAACAGCAAUUUUGAAACGAAACGCAAAAAAUCUUGAACACAAGUCGGUGCAACUUACGUGUGACGUGCGUUUCUUAAAUAACAUUAUCACGAUUUUUCGGGGCAGUUGAAUGUUCCACCAAAUGAGACUGAAUAGUGUUUAACACGGAAUAUAUUAAGGAGUGAGUUUGUUUUUCUUUUAUUUUUGAAAGAUAAAUAAAUACUUAUGCACAUGCAUAACCAAUUUAUAUAUAUAUAAAUACUACUUGGAUUGUGCAACAAUCCAAGUAAUAUUAAUAUAUAUAUUAUAUAUAUAUUAUAUACACCGAAAAAAUAGUAUUCUUGUUUUGAGGAUAUCC